AUGACUCCUGUGCCCGAUGCGUUUGUUCCGAUUAUCAAGCUUGAGCUGUGUGGAAUCAGUAUCGAUCUGAUCUUUGCCCGCCUUGUCGUUCCUGCUAUCCCGAUGAACCUGGAUUUGAAGAACAAUGAUUACCUCAGAGGACUGGAUGAACGAGAAGUGCGAUCGCUAAAUGGAACCCGUGUGACAGAUGAAAUACUGGAGCUAGUCCCCCAACAAAAGACAUUCCGCCUUGCAUUGCGUGCAAUCAAACUCUGGGCCCAGCGACGAGCGAUCUACUCCAACAUUGUCGGAUUUCCUGGUGGUGUUGCGUGGGCUAUGCUGGUGGCUCGGGUUUGUCAACUAUACCCGCAAGCAACUGGUUCUGUGAUCGUGGGGAAGUUUUUUAGAAUUAUGAACAAGUGGAAUUGGCCUCAGCCUGUCUUAUUGAAACAGAUUGAGGAUGGACCCCUUCAGAUAAAAGUCUGGAACCCAAAGAUUUACCAUGGUGAUCGAUUCCACCUUAUGCCCAUCAUCACUCCCGCGUACCCCUCCAUGUGCGCCACCCACAACAUCAGUAUGUCUACCAAGGCUGUUAUUCUCAGGGAGCUACAGCGAGGUGGUGACAUGGUAGACAAGAUCUUCAUGAAGCAGCUCUCAUGGCAGGAUCUAUUUGCGCGCCACACAUUCUUCACCCACGACUAUAAGUACUACCUCAGCAUCACCGCUUCAAGCAAGACCAAGGAGGCCGAGUCGGUGUGGUCAGGCCUUGUCGAGUCGAAGCUGCGUCACCUCGUUGGCGCUUUAGAUCGAAAGCCAAUCGUUGCGGUCGCCCACCCAUUCCCCAAAGGAUUUGAAAGAAUUCACCUCAUCAAGAACGAGCAAGAAAUGGAAGCAGUCAAGAAUGGAUCUACACAACAUCAGGCUAAAGGCACAAAGACCGCGAUGACCGAUGAGACUAAGGAUGCUGCUCACCAAGCCGCAGUCCAGAACACUCUCGAAAAUGCAGAGGUCCCAGGGCCGGUUGAGGGCAAGGUUGAGGGCAUAGUCGAUAACGAUGGCCAGACUGUUUACACGACAACUUAUUACAUCGGCCUGGAGCUGAAACCUCUGGAGCCAGGCCAAUCUCGAUCUCUGGAUAUAUCAACCGACUCGCAGAUCUUCAAGUCGACUUGCACCUCAUGGCCAGGAUACCAGGAAGAAGUCAUGGAAUUGGCCGUCACCCAUGUUCGCAGCUUUGAUUUGCCCGACGAUGUCUUCCAGCCCGGAGAGACCCGGGCCUCUCGGCCAAAGAAGAAAGUUACCAAACGGUCAGAGACGGCCGGCCAGAAACGCAGCAUUGGCGAGUUGGACAGUCCAACCGAAGGAGCCGCGAAACGCCAAGUUACCUCCGCAACUCCCGCCUGAGCGAGUCCCUC